CUCCUUUCAUGGUGUUUUUAUUUUAUGCAUUUAUUCCUAAUUUAAUGUGCAUAUUCUGUUUGGAAAUAACGCAUUGACCUGCUUUUAUAAAAAAAACACGAAAAGGCCAUGCUUUUACAAACCAUAGUGUGCUGUACUUUACCAGUGAUUGUAUACACUUACGAAAACAUUGCUUUACACAAAAGCGCUUGGCAGUUACAUCCCUAUGAAUAUAGGAAUUACGACGCUUCCAGAGCGGUCGAUGGGUUAAAAACAAAUCUUCAAGCUACGGCAUAUCAGUGUACUAUAUCCGAGGACAACUAUAAGACAGCACUCUGGCGUGUUGACCUAGGUGAUAUUCUCGGUGUCCAUCACAUCACCAUAUACUAUAGAACAGACAACUUACCUUGGGGACCCCGUAAUGGAUAUGUCCCUAGAUUUCUGGGAUUUUCUGUGUACAUAUCAAACACGACGAAAAAAGAAGACGGGGUUCUCUGUUUUAAGGACAACCAACAUUUUACCAAUGAAAAUAUUCCAGCUGUGAUAACAUUGAACUGUACUCACCACGGUAGAUACGUCAUCUACUACAACAACAGGACAUCAACUAAUUUACCACCCUACUACUCCAAAUAUGCUUUCAACGAACUGUGUGAAUUUGAAGUAUAUGGUUGCCCGAAUCCUAAAUACUUUAGCGAGAACUGUUCCCAGCCGUGUCCAGCUCAUUGUAACAACAGUCGCUGUCACAUAGAGACCGGUCUUUGCUUUGGUUGUGCAGAUGGAUAUCAGGGACCGGCUUGUGAACAAUAUUGUCAGAAUAGCACGUAUGGAGCCGGAUGUUCAGAGAAAUGUGGACAUUGUCUGAAUGGAGAACAUUGUAACCAUGUCAACGGGACUUGUCACAGUGGGUGUGAGGCUGGGUAUCAUGGUAUUAGAUGCAAAAGAGAGUGUCCUUCGGGGAUGUUCGGAAUUAAUUGUUUGCAAAACUGCAGUGAGAAUUGUAAUAAUGAAUCGAGUUGUAACGGACAGACUGGAGCCUGCAUAGGUGGCUGUAUGAGUGGUUGGAUGUCGCCACUAUGUACGAAAGAAUGUGUUGCUGGAAAAUACGGACAAAAUUGUUCGCAAGACUGUAGUAGAAAUUGCAAAGAUUCAAUGGCUUGUGACAAAAGCACUGGAGAGUGUGAUGGAGGAUGCGUUGACGGAUGGAGAUGGCCCAUGUGUAAUAAAGAAUGUGACAACGGAACGUAUGGGACAAAUUGCAGUAGUAACUGUGGUCACUGUUAUCAAGGACAGUCAUGUGACAAGGAGACGGAGGCGUGUCCUGAGGGAUGUGGGGCUCGAUAUGAUAGGAUGUACUGCAAUAUAACAUGCCCAAGAGUGUACUACGGGCCCAAUUGCGACUUACUUUGCAAUAGUUCUUGCUACAAGCAUCGGUGUGACUAUGGAAACUGUAAACAGGAAAAUGAAGAAAAUGGCGUUAGAGGAUAUCAAAGCGGAUACAUGACCAUGUUUAUUCCUGUUGGGGGAUCAGUAGGAUCAGUAGGAGUGUUGACUGCGAUUGCAGUGACUGUCAUAGUAUACAAAAGGCGGCGUGGAAAGAAGAAUCAUAUGUCGCGUACAGUAUCAGAAAAUUCAAAAAAACAGCCGAACAACAAGGACGUUUCCUCUCGGUGCAACGAUAAAAUUCAAGAUCCCAAGUGUCAUGGAGAGUCAUCUUCACAAAUGUCGGAAUAUUACUGCGAACUGCCGGAAACAGGAUACAAUGAUAAUGCAACUGAAAAUAUUUAUGAAGAGGACGUUUCCUCUCAGUACGACGAUAAUAUUCAAGGUCCUAAGUGUCAUGGAGAGUCAUCUUCACAGAAGUCAGAAUAUUACUGCGAACUGCCGGAAACCGAAUAUAACGAUACUACAAUAGUGGAAACCGAAUACCAUGAUACUGCAAUUGAUAAUAUCUAUGAAGCGAUCUGAUUUGAUUUUUUAUGAAUUUAACUUAUUCGUUACAGUUUUUUUUCACCGAUUCCGAUAUUCAAUAAAGUUCAUGAUUUUUUUUAUACCAGCUGAUUAAAUGUAUGAACUGAUUUCACUGAUAUGGAAGCCCAAUAUACAGAUGAAAUAAAUGAAGCUGUGUCAAUGUGAUUACCAUGUAAAGAAUUAUGUCUCAUCUCUCUAUGAAUCGAAUAAUUUGUAUGUAUUAAAUUUAUUCGGUUUUAUUGCAACGAUUCUGUCAUUCAACAGAAUUAAAUAUCUAUAUGUUUUAUUUUUUACAGGUGAAUGUAUGUUAACUAUGUUUUUUUUUUCAAACGAUACAUGUAUAACUUUAAUAUUUAGGUUACUUUCGUCAUUUGACACAUUAGUUGUUAAGCAAUGCAGACUAAGUAUAGCCACGCAAGGUGAAGACACCACGUGCCUGAUGCUGUUGUAACUGCGCAUUUUAGGCGAUGUGACAAUAUUUACAUGCAGUUGGAAAAUAUUAACGAAACUUGACUUGUAGUUUUGUUAUAGACAAAACACAUGAAGAUGUCGAUAUUUGAAUGUUUACUAGAUUCAUUAACUAUGUAUGUGAAGAAACAAAUGUUUUGCAUAUUUUUUAGUUCUCAUAAAACGAAUUAUCAAGUGAGCUUUUUUUAUUUCCCCGUUGUCUGUCAGUCUUUUUUCUGUUAACUUUUCAUGAAUUUCUCUCUCAAAAACCACUGCACCAAAAAUGCUAAGCAAUAUCAGUUUAUUUUUUGCAGUAGUUCAUACAAAAAAAAAAAAACUUCAAACGCUUUCAUUGAAUCGUGAUAACAGUGUUUGUGUGUUCGUAACGAAAGUACAUAGUUAGUGUUUUGUUCUACAUUUUACUGAUAUAGUCAUUGAACGGAUGCAUUUCUUUAUAAUCUUAUAACAAAAGAAUCUAUGUAGAUUAGAAUACGCCAUUGUCAUGGAUACUACCUCCAGAAAUUGAGGAAGGGACUAAAAAAGCUGUUUGCGCGGAUUUUUCCUGUUUCUUAAGUUGAUUAAAAAAAAUCACUUGUUCCGAUUUUUCUUUUUCUAUAUGUUUGUUUUACAUGUAUUUGUUGUAUUAUCUUAUCAAGAAUAAAACCGACUCAUUCUUCUUGGUAUUUGUAUGUUAAGAAAUUAUAUUACACAAAAAAAACUUGUUAGAAUGUUGAAUAAUUGCUCACCGUAAAUAACAUUAUAUCAUUAAUUUCAGUUGAUAAAAUACUUUUUACGCAUUCAGAUUUUAUUUUUUUAUGCUUAUCGUUGACAAUGCACGUUAUAUAAUCUUUUCGAAAACCUUGUCUUUCUGUAAUUGUUGGGACACAGA